AUGCUGUCUUGCAUAGCAGCGCACAUUGCUUUGCAUAUGCUGAGUAGAGCUCAGUCUUCUACAAGAAAAGAGGCAAUCAACACUUGCCUUAAAUUGAGAGAGGACUUUGCUGCUUUUUCUGCUUUGUGGAUAAAAGCUUUAGCAGAUAAGGUAAUUGAGUCCUGGUAUGCUAUAACUGAAGCUGCCAUGGGGAAUUUCAUAGCCCACAUCGUGCCUGGUUUGGCUUUAACUCUUCUUGGCUUAUGGCACACCAUCAACACUACCAGGUCCUACUACAACAACAAGACCUCUACAAACUUCAUCGUCAAGUUUUGGCACCCAUUUUAUUGUCCUUUUUCCAUGCUCAAAUACGUGGAGCCUAUCCUCAUUCUAUCCUUCUGUAUAUUCUCAGUUUUGGACCAAAUAUUCGAUUUCCCUCUCUUUCGCUUCUCCUUCGAGCUUGUCAACUUGGAACAUGCAGCCAUGUUCCUUCACCUUGCCAUCUUUGCAGGUUUCACCCUUUGCACAGAGAUAACUGGAUCAUCUCACAUCCUGUCAAGUUUCACUGGGAUACUCGCCACUUCCCUCUUCAGCCAAGAGCUUUUCCUCCUUCAUUUCCACUCAGCUGACCAUGUCGGUCUAGAGGGCCAUUACCACUGGCUCCUUCAGCUUAUAAUAUUCACCUCUCUCCUAUCGGCCUUAGCUGCCACUUUUCUCCCAACCAGCUUCCCAGCAGCCCUUGGUCUCUCAGUUUCAGUAGUAUUCCAGGGAUGUUGGUUUAUGAACAUGGGGUGUAUGCUGUGGCUUCCUCAGUUUGUUCCUCAGGGAUGCUCAGUGAAUACGAUGCUUUCGGGUGGGAACAGCGGUUCCGUAAUUCAUGGAGCAGUCACCUGUGAAUCUUCUUACGCAGAUCAUAGGGCUAGAGCUCUUGCAAACUUGCAGUUCAGCUGGAUACUUUGCGGAAUCAUGUUGGUCACUGGUUGUCUUUGCCUGAAAUCAGCUGGGAAGUCCACCCGGAGUCUGCAGCAGUAUGAGCAACUUAACACCAUCAGAGGUGGUGAUAGUCCUGUCGCCAUUAUCGAGGGCUUCAAGUAAGUCCGGGUCGAAGCACUAGCUACAUAAUCUAGUUUAAGAUGAUGAUGAUGAUAUGAUGGCCACCACUGUAGAAUGAAUAACUAGGGAUGCAUAUGUACUGAACUUAUCUUUCAAUGCAAAGAAUGAAUGUCCAGGAGCAAAGUGAUACUGUUGGUUGUAAAGAUGAAAGCUUUCUUAUCUUCCCGAAGGUCAAAAAGGGAAGCUAUUUUUAUGUGAUGGUAGACAGGUAGAGAAAAGGAAAAGGGUUUGCUUUUGCUAGUGCUUUCUCACUCGGAUCUCAAGCUCAAUUUGUCUUUGCGUUUCUGGCCAAGUAGAAAUGAUCAUCUGAGGAACGGUGAGGCUAUAUGAUUGAUGCAAAAUUGGUCUGAUGUAGUGGUGCACAAAAGUUCAGUCCAAACCAUGUCGAGCCCGUAUCUUACCAAAUGAAAACUAUUGAGAUGUAUUGACAAGAAAGGAAUGAAGGGGGGGAAAAGUUUUCUCGCUGAAUGCCUGAAUCGGGAUUUGGUUUGGGGCAGUCGGUUGUCAAAACCCAAAUGCUCUUCUCGUUCUGGCAAUGCCAUUGCCAGGCAUGAUGAUCUUUUGAUUGGUCGUGGGCCUCAAGCUUUCAUAAUUUGGGCUGUUUCUCGUUCUUUUCAGCUUUCUUUCCAUCUUGGAUUUUAG